UUUCGUCGUGGCUAUUAAGGCACAUCCGAUUGAUGAUUAGAUCCGAUUGAUGAUUAGUAAGGUCAUAAUCAGACGAUGGCGAUGGAACUUCCGUUUGAUUUGGUGGAGGAGAUACUCUCGUGGGUUCCAUCUAAAUCUCUUGAACGAUUCAGAUGCACUUGCAAGCAGUGGGAAACCCUAAUCUCAGAGCCGAGAUUCAUCAACAAGCACUUGUCUAACAUGCGUGGCCGUGAGGAACAAUUCACAGUCUUCAACGACGUUACCCUAGUUUCUCAUUUUACGGACUCAUCGACAGUUUCUUGUGUUUGUGUAGGCAUUGACUUUGAUGACCUCAACGAACCCCGUUUGAAUAUGCAUGAUUUUGAACCUCUUCUAUCUUCGAGUUUAUUGGUGAAGAACAUGUAUCAUUGUGAUGGUCUAUUGCUAUAUGUCAUGAGAACACAUCUUUUGGUUCUGAAUCCGUUGUUGAAACAAGGAAGAUGGAUCAAAUGUGGCAAAGCGGACCACUCCUUGGAUGCUUAUGGUCUUGGAUACAUUAGUAGUAACCAACCAUCAUGUGGUAAUGAUUAUAAGAUGGUUAGGUUUCGUUGUGGCAGGUCCAAAGAUUCAAGUAUCAAAGUAUACGUAUACGAAUUAAAAUCUGAUUAUUGGAAGGUUUUUGAUAACAUCUUUGAUGGGUUCUUAGAAUGGCCAGAGUCGAACGUGUGCUUGAGAGGAACACCUUAUUGGAUAGGUUAUGUAAAGGGUAGAACAUGUAAGACGAUAGAGAGUUUCGAUUUCUCCAAGGAGAGAUUUGAGACCUUGUUUCUUCCUCCUUCAGCCAUUGGAUCAUCUAGGCUGGAUAACUCUCUUUCCUUGGGAGUUUUCAGAGGAGAUAAACUUUCUAUAUUACAUGAAUCCCGCGUGACAGGUAAGAUACAGUUAUGGGUGAUGAAGAAGCAUUGGAGCAAGCUUAUGACAAUUUCUACACCUGAAUCCUCGAUGUUUCCUAGAUAUUCAAGUUAUUUCAUUGAGAAAAAUGGCAAGCUUGUGCUAUCUAUUCGUGGCAUAAAUUAUAUUAAAGUUUACAUUGCGGGAAAGGAUGAUGAGUGCCAAAACGUUGAAAAUCUUUGUAUGGAUCAUUUAACUAGUGGUUCUGGUUGCUACUAUAUUCCAAGCUUGGUUCCGGUUCCAGGUUUUGAUGAUGAGGCAAAAAGAAGGUCAGGUUUUGUUUUGAAAAAAGAGAUUUAUGACAAUGGUUUAGGGUUUAAGGCGCAAGAAUUGAGUUAACUUGUUUGUGUUUCAAAUUUCUUAUCUUGUGACUUCGUUUUUUUCUCAUUAGCAAAAUAUGUUAUUUGACAAGCAUUCCGUUUACAUCGAGACUACUUUCUCUGAGUGUCUAGU